CGCCGUGCCUCCCGGCGCAUAAAGGCAGGCGGCGGGGGCCGGGCAGGGGCAGCGGCUGGCGGCGGCACGGCAGCGACCGGCGGCGAUGGAGCAGCCGGUGCAGACCGAGACGUGGAAGGCGCAGAGCCUGGAGGAGCUGGUCCGCAUCCUCCACAAGAUAUUCGCCGAGGACAAAGUCAGCGUGGAGGAGGUGCAGGCGCUGAUGGAGUCGUACGAGAGCAACCCCGAGGAGUGGCUGAAAUACGCCAAAUUCGACCAGUACAGGUACACAAGAAAUCUUGUGGACAAUGGAAAUGGAAAGUUCAACUUGAUGAUCUUGUGCUGGGGUGAAGGGCAUGGCAGCAGCAUCCAUGAUCACACUGACUCACACUGCUUUAUGAAGAUCCUCCAGGGAAAUCUAAAGGAGACUCUAUUUCAGUGGCCUGAGAAAAAAGGGAAUGGUGAAAUGGCUAAGAAAUCUGAACGGGUUUUGAGGGACAAUCAAUGUGCCUACAUUAAUGACUCCAUCGGCCUGCACCGCGUGGAGAACAUAAGCCACACAGAGACUGCCGUUAGCCUGCACUUGUACAGCCCACCCUUUGACACCUGUAACACCUUCGAUCAGAGGACUGGACACAAGCACAAAGUCACAAUGACUUUCUACAGCCAGUAUGGGGAAAGGACUGUCUGUGCAACAGCAGUGCCACAGGAGAACAACUGAGAAGCACCAGCAUGCAUUUGCAUAAGACCUGCUGAAUCUUUAACCAGGGACAGAAGACUUGCAUGGCUAAGGUCGACAGCCAGAUAUAUUUUGAUACCUUGUACAUUGAAGAGUACAGUAGGGAAGCUUCCAGGCCACCUGCAGUUUCCUCAAGCAAAUGCCGAUUAUGGGACACUAAGCUCACUAGUGCCAUAAACUACUUCAGAGGUUAGACGCCUUGUCUAGGCUCCUGUCAGAAUUAGGUAGUUUGUUUUCUAAUUCUAGCCUCUUUUUAACUGCACUUUUGAUAUCACACUGAGAAUAUCAGAAAUAGGAUUUUUAAACAUCAUCUGACACUUCUUAAUAGAUCUAUGGGUAUUUAUGCUCUCAAUGUAAUUAGUAACUACAUAAACUUCUAAGCUUCCAGUCACUUGUACCUAUGUACACUAGAUACAACUAACAGCAGCUUUUUGUUUAAUUAAGUCUUUUAUGUUUUAAUGCUCUAGGCCAUCUUGAUAGUUUUGUGCAUAUUUUAUUUUUAUUUUUUACAACUUAAUUUUUCAGAUCUUGUUUUAAAUAGAAGCAGAGAAGUGCUUCCUGCACAGCGAUUUUCAAAAUUGAUUGCACAGAGAUUUGGCUUUUAACAAGACUAAUCAUACUUAGUUCAGCUAAUGUCCAGUUCCCAAAGUAUUCUGUAUAGUUAAUGAAGAAGAAAACUGAAAUAAAACUGGAUUUGUGCACAGA